UUCAACAUAAUCUUCAUUUCUUGCUAUGAUAUUUGUAUUAAGGAGGAGACUGGAAGUUUUUAGGAAAACCAUUUUACUAAACUGUCUCGCCAUCCAAAACGACGCAAAAUUCUUUAACGGCCCGCCAUCUGGCUGUGGAGGUCCAUCUAAUGUAAUGGGCAGCCUGAAGUCUGGAUGCCAGAAAGAGGAUGCAGCUGUGGAGUAUGUCUACUGCAGAGGUGCUGUCACUGAGCUGCUUAAAUAUGGUCCCAGAGACCUGCACACAGCUCCCAAAAACUCUAACUCACCACAAGUACUCUUCCUCAUUAUCCCAGGCAAUCCUGGCGUUGUGGGAUUUUAUAAGAGCUUCAUGUGGACAUUGUAUCAGGCAUUUAAGCAACGAUACCCAGUCUGGGCUGUGAGUCAUGCUGGACACUGUGCGCCUCCAGACACAAUGGAUAUGGUUCAAGAUGCUUCGAAGGCCGAGUCAGAGGAUGUGUUUGGAUUGAAUGGACAGAUAGAGCACAAACUGGGCUUCCUUUUAGAACAUGUGCCCCGAGACACACACCUCGUCCUGAUUGGUCACUCGAUCGGCUGCUACAUCAUUCUGGAGAUGAUGAAGAGGGACCCAGAAUUGAAGGUGGUGAAGUCCGUGCUGCUGUUUCCCACUAUUGAGCGCAUGGCCUCUAGUCCGCAAGGCAAGGUCAUGACUCCUGUGCUGUGCCACCUGCGCUACAUUGUCUACUUGCCCAUCUUCCUGCUCUCUCUCCUACCCGAGAGGCUAAAGGCUGGCAUGGUGCAGCUGAUACUGAGGAACAUGCGUUCACUAGACACAUCCUGCAUUCCAGCCACUCUCAGCUUGAUCAAUGUGGACUGUGCUGCUAAUGCUAUGUAUAUGGGAAGUCAAGAAAUGAGGAUGGUGCAAGAUCGAGAUAACUUGACCAUACAGCAACAUCUCGACAAGCUUGUUUUUUACUACGGAGCCACAGACCACUGGUGCCCUGUGCAGUAUUACCAGGAUAUCCGAAGAGACUUUCCCGAUGGAGACUUCCGCUUGUGUGAGCGCGGCCUGCGCCAUGCGUUCGUCCUGGAUGCGGGUGAAGAGAUGGCUAACAUGAUCACAGGGUGGAUCGAUGACGACCUAAAAGGAUUAUAGUGCUACUUGUAUCAAAGCAAACCUGACCACAGACCCUGUAUUCCAGUGCAAUGCAUUCCAGUGCUUAAGGGAAACAGACUUUUCAUCAAAAUCUUUUAAAAGCUUUUAUUAUGGUGCUGAAGCUCAAUGCUUCUCAAUGAACAUUUGAAAAUGCACAGAUACUGAAACGAGUGACUACUCUACCCUUAACAUCUACAUGUCAUUACUCAGUUUUUAUUAAGAUCACAGGCUUAAAUGAAGAAUUUAAUUUAAUUAUGAUUAUUAUGCCACUGAGUGAUUGUUCAAUCAAGAUUUACAGUAAUUGGAUUUUCUCUCUAAUAGUUAAGAAAUAAAACAUACUGCGCCAACCAUAA